AACUGGCGGGGUUUGAGUUUGUUUUCGGGAAGUUUUUAACGUGUUUGUUUGUUUGUCCGCCGUGAAAACGCAGCUGCAGGCGCGUCACAGCGUCACCAGGUGCGAAGUCAACACCAAACUCCGUGUAAACAUCUGCGGAAGCGCUGCGCUGGGAGCAGAAACAUCAGAGGACGGCUGAGAUGCCUCAUUAUAACAAGAAGAAGAACGGGGUACCGGACCGCUGGCUGGACUACCGUCCUGUGGGACAGAGGAUACCGGGGACUCGAUUCAUCGCCUUCAAAGUGCCUUUAAAACCGUCUCUGAACCGUCAGGUCUCAGAGUCCGACUCCUUCGGUCUCUGGGACCUGCUGGACUCUGUGGAGAGUCAGAACCAGGAGCUGGGUCUGAUCAUCGACCUCACCUUCACCACGAGGUACUACAGUCUGGCCGACGUCCCGCAGUCCUGCUCUUACAUCAAGAUCCUCACUGAGGGUCGCCGCGUUCCCUCCGGUGCCGCCAUCCUGAGCUUUAAACGGGCGGUGAGAUGCUUCCUAAGGGAGAACCGAGACAACGACAAGCUCAUCGGAGUCCACUGCACCCACGGCCUGAACCGCACCGGGUAUCUGGUCUGCAGGUACCUCAUAGACGUGGACGGGCUGGAUCCUGCGGCAGCGCUGGAGAUGUUUAACUCCUGCAGAGGUCACCGCAUCGAGAGGCAGAACUACCUGGACGACCUGCAGCGAGGCGCCAAGAGGAGCAACAACGGCAUCGACAAGCCAGAGGAGGUGCCGGCCAGGGGACUCGCUGUGGAGCGGCCGGCCAGGGGACUCGCUGUGGAGCGGCCGGCCAGGGGACUCGCUGUGGAGCGGCCGGCCAGGGGACUUGCGGUGGAGCGGCAGGCGCCGCCGGCCAGGGGACUCGGAGUGGAGCCGCCGGCCAGGGGACUCGCCGUGGAGCGGCAGGCGCCGCCGGCCAGGGGACUCGCUGUGGAGCCGCCGGCCAGGGGACUCGCCGUGGAGCCGCCGGCCACUAGCGCUGCUGGAGAAGAGAGACGCCCAGCAGAUGAUGACCCGGCAGAGGAGACUCAACCAGUGGGGGAUAAACGACCACGUGGUAACCGCCAUCGCAGAGGAGCUCGACAUCGCCGGAGGGCGGGCCAGAAGGACGGCGUCCUCCUCCCCCCUCCCCCCCUCCCCUCCUAUGUCUGGAGCCCCGCCUAUCACCCCCCUCCCUCAGUACAGCUGCAGUGACGAGCAGGAACAGCAAACCGAGUCUGUGAAGGUCCAGCAGGACCAAAGAACCAGAAACCGUCCCCCCUGGUUUCCUGCUGGACCUUUACAGACUUUUUUACAGAGUUUUUAUGAAGCGGGAGAAACUUGUUCCCCUGACAGCUGAAAUUAAACAGAAUGAACUUGUC